GCAGUGAUAUUUCCAGAGGUUUGGUAGCUCCCAGCGACUGGUGGCCUGGAUCGGGGAUUACUGACCCCCUUUUGUUUCCAGUUGGAUUGACCCUCCGCCACAGCUGGCCCAGAUGCCUUCAGCCUUUGCGAUUUUCACUUGCCGCCCAAAUUCACAUCCUUUCCAGGAGCGACAUGUCUACUUGGACGAGCCGGUCAAGAUCGGCCGCUCGGUGGCUCGAUGUCGCCCCGCACAGAAUAAUGCCACCUUUGACUGCAAGGUGCUCUCCAGGAACCAUGCACUUGUAUGGUUCGAUCACAAGACUGGCAAGUUCUACCUUCAAGACACUAAAAGUAGUAAUGGUACCUUCAUCAACAGCCAGAGAUUGAGUCGAGGGUCUGAGGAAAGCCCGCCAUGUGAGAUCCUUUCGGGUGACAUUAUUCAGUUUGGGGUUGACGUAACGGAGAACACCAGAAAAGUGACUCACGGCUGUAUAGUGUCCACAGUAAAGCUUUUUUUGCCAGAUGGACUGGAAACCAGACGACGGUCAGA